AUGCAGUGGGACAAAAUUGGAUCGAAAACCAACAUAAACCUGGACAUGUUCCUAGAACUGAUCGAGUUUUGCGUCAAGAACAGCUUCUUUUACUUCAGAGGUCAACACUUCCGGCAAGUAUUUGGAACGGCCAUGGGGAAUCCCUUAUCGCCUAUCCUGGCAGAUAUAGUCAUGGACUCCUUGAUGCAAACAGUUAUUAAAAAGCUACCAUUCGCCAUACCCAUUGUACGCAAAUAUGUAGAUGACCUCUUCAUAGCCCUCCCCAGACAACAUAUACAGUUCACCCUAGAUGCAUUCAAUGCAUACAAUGAACACCUGAAAUUCACCAAAGAGGAAGAACAAAAUGCACAACUCCCGUUCCUAGAUCUGACAGUAAUACGAUAUCCCGACCAAACAUUGCGUACGCAGUGGUAUGCUAAGCCGAUGGCAUCUGGCCGCAUACUCAACUAUCACUCUUUUCACCAACUAACGAUGAAGAUAAAUGUAGCGCAGAACUUUAUUGAAAGAGUCAUCAAACUAACAUCAACGGAUAACAGCACACAAUGGCAACGCAACACGAUCUUCGAACACCUGAGACGGAAUAACUACCCACCUUCACUAAUCAACAGACUGAUCAACCGCUGCUCCAACGCAAUGAAAGCAAAAACGCUAUCCAACACAGCAACUCCAAGCGCAUCGAAUCAUUGUACUCCGGUGAACACAGAAACUACCUAUCGAUCACUGCCAUUCAUCCCGAAAUUGACCACAGCCAUAGUGAAACACCUGCAAGCCGAUUUUCCGCACCUAAAAAUUACACAAAAACCUAUUGAAACAGUAUCUAACAUAGUCAAAACCAUGAAAGAUCCCAUCGAACCGCUGCUGCAACCAAAUGUUGUUUAUAGUUUGCCCUGCAAUGACUGCCAUAUGCAAUAUAUAGGCAUGACACGCAACCAACUGAAAACCCGACUGUACGGACAUAAAUCCAACAUCAACCAAUACAAAUGGUUGAUAGAGGAUGGUGCUAACAGUCGUGAUAAUUCGAUGGUUAACCUCGAGGGCAAAACAGCCAUGAUGGAACACAUCAUCAAACACCAACACAUGUUCGACCUCACCAAGGUAGAAAUAAUAGACAUAAGCAGGCACACAUGGGCACUACCAAUGCUAGAAAUGUGUCAUAUCGCCAAUACAGACAACACUGUUAACCAUCGAAAUGAUAUCGAUGGCAUCAACACUGCUUACGCUGGAAUCCUACACACGAUCAAAAACUACACCCGCCGCAGAAGCAAUACUCAACACCAACAAACCACCCCUAGUAGCUCACCGUAA